AUGAAAGUGAUGGUGUAUGGGAGUACGAGUGGUGCGACGAACGUGACGUAUCAACCGCAUAAAGUGAAUCGUGAUGAGCGAUCGGUUAUUCUGGGUCAGUAUCGUGGUUUCAGAGGGUGCACCAUUUGGUUGACGGGGCUGUCGGGGGCUGGUAAGACUACGAUUGCAUUCGGAGUGGAACAGGCAUUGACACGGGUCAGGUUUUGGCUUUUGUUGUGA